CCUACCAAAAAUAACCGAAGGAUGCAUCAAAUUAAUAAGGAGAUCGAGUCCAUUUUGCGGGGUGUAAUUGGAAAAAGGAUGAAGGCUAUGCAGGAUGGGGAAAGCACAAAAGAUGACUUACUCGGCUUAUUACUAGAGUCAAACAUGACAGACACUGAUGAGAAUGGCCAGUCUACCCUAGGAAUGUCAGCAGAUGAAGUAAUGGAGGAGUGCAAGUUGUUCUAUUUUGCAGGAAUGGAGACAACAUCAAUAUUGCUUACAUGGACAAUUAUUGUACUUAGCAUGCACCAGGAGUGGCAGGAACGUGCAAGGGAGGAGGUUCUUGGCUUAUUUGGAAAACACAAACUCGAGUAUGAGGGUCUUAAUCAACUCAAAAUUGUGACGAUGAUUCUUUAUGAAGUUCUUCGACUAUACCCACCGGGUAUUGCAUUCCACCGGAAAACAUAUAAGGAGGUUGAGAUUGGAGGCAUCAGGUACCCAGCUGGUGUGAUCCUUGAGAUGCCAGUAUUGUACAUCCACCAUGAUGUAGACAUCUGGGGGGAUGAAGUACACGAAUUUAGGCCGGAUAGAUUUGCCGAGGGGAUCUCCAAGGCGUCGAAGGAGCCGGGCGCAUUUUUCCCAUUUGGGUGGGGGCCACGGAUCUGUAUCUGCCAGAACUUUUCAUUGCUUGAGGCUAAGAUGGCAUUGUGCAUGAUCCUUCGUGGCUUUAAGUUUGAGCUGGCACCGUCUUACACUCAUACACCACAUUGUGUGAUGAUGUUACGUCCCAUGCAUGGUGCUAAUAUUAGGUUCCACACAAUCUCUUCAUAGUAUCCCUACAUACAUCAUUCACUUUUAUAUUAUAUGCAUGUACUCUUGUCCACGACGGGUUUUAUUUAUCCAUUUUUGUAACAAAAUUCCAACAUGAGCUCUGGCUAAAUUGAGAACUUGAGUUUUUUGUAGAA